AUGAAGGCUGGGAGGCAGCGGUGCAAAGUGGUUUGGCAACUGGAAGAAAACUCCACGGCGGAUGUGUUUGCUAGGCGUGAACCCGAGGAGGUUCCAGAGCUUACGAGCAGCUCCAAGAUGCCUGUGGAUUUGGUGGCCAAGAUGAUUCAGGGUGAUGAGGAGGACGAGCAAAGUCCUGUGCUCUUAAAGACUUGGGACUUUGGAGGGCAACGCGAAUAUUACGUCAUGCAUCAUCUCUUCCUGACGAAUCGCGGUUUCUACAUCGUGGUCACCCGCCUGGACGCUUGGCGAACGGGUCCUACGGGUCCUUUGGACUCGGGCGACGUACUUCGGGACACCGACAGCGAGGACGGAGGGGCGUUCGAACCUCCGCUCGAUGCCCUGACCUUUUGGCUCUCCUCUAUCCACGUCCAUGCACCGGAUGCUCUGGUCUUUAUUGUGGGCAGCCAUGCUGACGUGGUGGCUUGUGGACACGAGGAGACCGAGGCUCGUGUUGAAGAAGAGAUCGUCAGCCUGAUGGAGAAAGUUCCAGGUCUGGAGCGACAGGUAGUAGUCAACAGUCAAGCGGGCAAGUGCUUCUUCUCUGUUGACAAUCGCUCAGGCACUGGCAUUGCUGAGUUACGUGAAGCCAUUGAUCGUGAGGCAACUGUGGCCUUAGCGCCCAAUGGGCACUUCGCGCAAGAGCUGCCCUUGCCGUGGCUGAGGCUUCGUGAAGCCUUGGAAGAUGCAGCAGAAGGCAGCACGGGAGAAGAAAACGAGUUGCCGCCCUUCACCGCCACCUUUGUUCUCAGCUUGGCCAAAGUGCAACAGAUGGGACAGGAGGCGGGCGUGGCUCCCGAGUCGUUGGUCGAUUGUUUGAAAUGCCUCCACGAUUUUGGAAGCAUCGUUUUUUUCGAUGAAGAUGAGCUACGAGACCAUGUGGUACUGAAUCCUCAAUGGUUGGCUGAUGCCAUGGCCCAAGUCUUGAACUGUCCGAGGGUGGUGCAAGGACACGUGGCGGCGGCCAAGCGUCUGCGAGAACGGGGUGAGCUGGAGGAGGAUUUGUUGACACGCUGCCUUUGGAGGCACCACAAGUUCCGGGAGAACCAGGCGGUGCUGCUUCGUAUGUUGCAUCGUUUUGACCUCCUGGUGCCGCUCACAACGCGACAUGCGUUGCCGUCCAAUGUGGUGCCCAGCUUGCUCCCCUGUGCACCCCAGCAGCCCACCUUGCCUUUGACCAACGACAAGAUCUGGGACUCGCUGUUUUUCGACUUUCACGGCCUGCUGUGUCGCCUGCUGCCAACCCUCUUUCCGAAGCUGGUUGCAGCAUCCUCCCGGCAGGACUGUGUGGAAGGCAUCGGCUCGUUAGGUCUCUUUCGUGACAGUUUUCGCCUGCUGUGGAUGGGAGAUGAACUUACUAUGGAUCUCUUGCCUGCAGAGCGGCCACAAGUGGUGCGGGUGACAUCGCAGGGAGGGCUCAGCGUGGCAGUAGUGCAAGGCUUGCUGCAGCUGGUGAAGGCUACAUUAGCACAGAAGAGCCACUUGUCCUUCACUGCUGGAGUUCUUUGCGAACAUUGCCACGCGCAGGGCCGAUCGCUGGCAGAGCGACAUCAUGUUCUCGAUCUGCAAGAGUUGCUGCAGGAGGCUCCGGUGCCCUGUCGCUUCUCCGCCCGUGCUGUGAUGCCACCAGAAACCUCCUGGGUAGCAGCCUGGAGGUCCACCAAAGCAACAUGUCCGAGGUUGAAUCUUCAUGAAGACCGUGGCAGUCCUGCGCACACAGCUUCGACGGAAGUUUCUGUCUCCUCCCGUGGUGGCUCCAUAGUGAACUUGCUGUAUGCCUCUCCCAUUUGGCGCAACGAGGCGGGUGAACUCCCACAGCUGGAUGUGCAAAACGAGGUCUCGCUGGUUGAGCUGGGUGAGGCUAUGCACUUGAGCCUCGCCACAGCUUCCAACUUGGCAGCCAUGCUCACAGCCGAGGCCACCACUCGCAGCAUCCUCCACCUGUCGCUACAUUGUGCAGACAACGGACAGGUUUUGUUACUGGAGGAUGCCACGGGCGGCGCGCACGCCUUUUCGUUGGAGGAUUUGCAAGCGCUGCUGAAAGCGACCAACGGUGCAAGUCGACUUCAGCUGGUUUUCCUCAAUGCCUGCUGUAGCGACUUAGCUGGGCAGAUCUUUUUGGAAGCUGGAGCUCCUCAUGUGGUCUGUUGCCGUGGAUCAGUCUUCGAUGCCACAGCACAGGCCUUUACAAAGGCCUUCUAUCGCGCCUUCGCUGCGGGCAGGAGCAUUGCUUCCGCCUUCGACAUCGCGAAGCUGGAGAUUCGCACGGCGCCGCAGCCUGGGCUGCGAGCCGAGGCGGAGAAGUAUUUGCUGCUGCCAGAAGGUGACGCUUCGCAUCAGUCUAGCUUCUGCGAACUGGCAUGGCGUGCAGGACCUCCGAAGCGCAGGUGGCUGCCGUCUCGAGUGGAGGACUUCUGCGGCCGUUCACGAGACCUUUGGCUCCUGCUGAAACACCUGGGCUCUGCACGACGCUGUGUGCUGGUGCAUGGCCCAGCCAAGAUUGGCAAAUCCGCGCUGCUGACUGAGCUGGCCCGUUUCGCCGCUGCGCCGGGGCGCAGCUAUGAGAACCGCGUGAUUUAUCUGGCAUGCGACGAGGCAGAUCUUGAGAAUCGAGAGGAGCCUCUGCUCUAUUUCCUACGGCAACUCUUCCGACAGCUACGGAUCGAGGAACAUGCAGCCACUGAGCAGCUUGAGGUGGGGCCAAGCAUCACAGCUCCAAAGGAGACGUUCAACAUGGAUCUCUCCGCCCAAAGCGAGGUGCGCAUCCUGCGAAGCCAAAUUGUCCAAAGUCUUCAAGAACUCGCAUCGCUUCACCACCCGGUGCUUCUGAUCUUGGAUGAUCUGGAUUCCCUGCUGCAAAGCAACGCAGAGGAACUCAGGAAGGUUCUCACUGAGUUGCUGCUGCGCACGGAGGGUCUGGAGUUGCUGCUGGCAGCACGUGAGGCUCCGUUUCAAGCUCUUGGCGCCCACAAGGUGGUGGGUUACCAUUUGGACCCUCUGCAGCCCUUGGACGCAGCCCGCCUCUUCCUGUGCUCAACUGAGUUGCUGCCGGUCAGCCGAACUGCGAGUGCCGAUGAGUGCCGUGGGGACGCGGCAUUCAGGUGGAGAGUUCACCGUCCCUUGGUGGUGGCGGACUUUUCAGUCGCUGUCCCCAGGAUCACAGCUUGA